GUAUUUGUAUUUUCAGUAUUUUGUUCUCAAGGUUCUCAAUAGUUGCCAUCGUUUUAACAAAAAUCCAGCGCUGUUUACUUAGUUAUUGAGACGUUCACCUGGAGGUGUAUGCUAGUUCCAGAUAGAUUUAUUUGGUCGAAUGGAGCAACUGUAUAAAUUGCUGAAUGACUUAAAAGAUGCAUCAGGCGAUUUUGCUUGUAGUGGAUUUUUGCCUGAGUUAUGCUUACCUGGCUUGGUUAUUGAGAAUGUUGGACAUAUCUCACUUCCAGUGCAAGAUGAACAAGCACAAAAGAUCAUUGAAGUCGCAAAGAAAGCUCCAUUUGGCUUAGGUGAUCAAACAUUGGUUGACGAAACUGUAAGAAAAACAUGGCAACUGGAUCCAAAGCAAAUUACGAUAAAAAAUGAUCAUUUUCUUACUGGUGUUGAAAAUGUUGUUUCCUCUGCAAAGAAGAACCUUGGCUGUGACAAGAAGGCAGUUAAAGCUAAACUGUAUAAAGUCCUCUUGUAUGAGAAAGGUGGACAUUUCAAAGCUCAUAGAGAUACUGAAAAGGAAAAUGGAAUGUUUGCUACCAUGGUUCUCCAAUUACCAUCAAAGUUUGAAGGUGGUAAGAUUACAGUCCGACAUGCAGGAGAUGAAAAAGUUGUUAAAAUGGACGGAGAACGCUCUUCAUACUGUUGUAAAUAUGCUGCCCACUAUUCAGAUUGUGAGCAUGAGGUAAGCAAGAUAGUCAGUGGGUAUAGACUAGCUUUAGUCUAUUCCCUAUGUUGGACAGCAGGUGGUACCCCACCAUCUGCUGAUACUGGUAAAGCUAUAGUGCAAAAUGUUGCCAAGAUUUUACCACAAAUCUGCACUGGUAGUAGGAACCUUUUUGCGUGGUUUCUCUCUCAUAAGUACAGCGAACAUGGUUUGUCUGGUAGUGGAAUUGAUGCACUAAAAGGACCUGAUGAAGUUGUGGCAAGAGCUUUGCAACAAGCAAACGAACUUUUACCUAAAGAACAGCAAUUCAACUUCUAUAUUGCUGAAGUGAAACGAGAGCUUCAACAGUUUGGUGAUUUCUGGGAUGAAAAUUCCUGGUCAGGCGGAUUCGAGCCAAAUGGCGACGAAGAGGAGGAAGUCAGUAUCGAAAAUUGGUUUCAAUUUGAUGGCAAAGUUGCCAAAAUUGAAGUAUUUAAAGAUAUUGAACUAGAUAUCGAAAAUGAUGUGGUGAACCUCCAAAAACCACGACAUUUGCCUUUGAAAGAUGCCAUUCAACGACUUUGGGGAGAACCAGAUGACGAAGAAAAUACUGGUCCUACUGGUAAUGAAGGCGCCACACAGACGUAUUGGUACAACAACUACGCUAUCUUUGCUUGGCAGAAAGAUAAUGAGAUUAUCCUUAGAUGCAAGUUGAAUGGAUACCAAGCGGCUGUAGAUUGGGUGUCAAAUCAGUUGAAGAGUGUCGAGAAAAAGAAUCCUUCAUCUUCUGCAUAUCAGAAAGUUAUGUCAGAUUUAAAGAUGAUAAUUGACUACGCAAUUUCCGAGAAAGUUUCAUUGUCAUUCCGAGCAGUGCAUUCAAUGCUGAAGACGCUCACUGAUCUUCGUACGAAUGCUGUGAUGUUGUCAAGAAUCUUCAUUACCGAUGUUAUGGGAAAAGUCCCUGAAUCAAAAACGUCAAGUCUGUAUUGUCUCUGUGAUAAUCAUCUUAUUCCGCCCCUUCUCGAGCUUACCACCACUCUUGGUUGGCCUUCCAUCUCUGAAGCAAUUAAGAAAUUGUUUGAUCUAAGCCCUGUUUCUCAAUAUGGAAAUUGGGCAGAGUAUCUUAAGUCGCUUUUUCAAAGAAAUGUGAAGAAAGUUCUGCAGAAAGAUGAUUGUUUCAUUGCUAUGGUCACAUGUUUAGCUCAGAAAGUUGAAGAUGAUGCUCGAAAUAAACAACUCGAAUCUGUUGGCGCGAGCAGAAUUGAAAGAAUUGCUUCCCUUUUGUUUGCCAUUGACAAUUUCGAGAUUCUUACAAAGUUUACUAACGCUAUCUUGAAGCACUGCCAGCAAUCGCACACGAGUUCCCUUUUACAGAAUCUGAUACGCCUUCUAGAAAAAGAAAAGUUGGGUGGCAACCAAUUCUGGAAUCAACUUUUGAAUAUCAGGAUUUCUCAGUUAGAGGAUGUGGAGAAAAGCGGAAUUCCACCGUUCACCUGGAAUCAAGAUGAUGCCGUUUUUAAUAAUCACCCCCAAGUUCAAACAUUUUUGAGAGGUCCAAAUCAGACCAUGAAAUAUCAAGCGUUCACUGGAAUCGCUCAAGCUCGAAAGUUUGCCAACAGUUAUUUUGGUGGAAGCUGGGCACGGCCAGGUGAUACUUCAUCUUACACUGCGACAGCAACAACCGCUGGUGUUGGUCGACAUGCGUAUGUGCUGAUCGAGAAAACAAGAGCCUGGUACGACAGAAAGUUUGCUCCUGUUCAACGACAGUUGGAUGAAUUAAACAAGUUGCGAGGUAUGGUGAAGCCAGAGUCUGCCGCAACAACUUCGUCAGAAACGGGAGAACCACAAGCAAAGAGAAAGGCCGUUGGCGUAGCCGUACUGCAAGUGGAUUAAACAUUCACAGAACAGAAAGACGAUGUAAUAAAGUUUCAUUUGAGUUUUACUUCGUUUCACUACAACAUUUUAAAUCGUUUUGUUAAUGAAAUUAUGUUUUGUUCGCCUUUGCCGGGACAAGCUACCGCGCAUAAAACACUGGUUUAUUAUCCGUUAACGUAGUGCAUAACUAAGUUUAGGUUUUUCAACCUAAUUAUAUUUUAACCGCUUUGGCAAGGUCAUAAUAUUGUAAAUAAACGGCUCAUCAACGUUAGUCAUACGUUGAGACAACAUUGAAAUGAUAAAACGCUCAGGUAAAUAGGUUACGUAAAAACACACUUUAGUGCAUGGUUGAAACCUUGAAUUUCAACCUUCAUUUAAACUUUCAAAAUUUAAAUCUGCGGUUUGCAAAUUUUCACUGAUCUAAAACUUUAAAUAUUUCAGUCAGUCUAAUCUCUACGUUUUAUGUUUCAAAGCAUGCAGUACGUUCAUUUUCUUUUCAUUAAGUUUGUGCUUCGUUGAUCGUCUGAACACGAAGCUUGAACUUCCUAUAGUAUUGACAACGGAAAACUCAGCUUUAGGGCCAUUGACAUCGCACAUGAUCAAGCGUUUAACGAUUUGCGUUAUUCCUGUUUGAGUGUUGUGUUGUAAAUUUGCAUGUUCACUACCUAUUUUAACCACUCGAAUGAAGUGUGGCAUUGGACAAAAGUCAAUUUGUGAACGUGUGCUUGGCCUUGCGCCUAGGAACUGACGUUGACGUAUAUUAUUGACUAAAGAUUGCGUUAUGGCACAAUGACGUGCUUAUUCUGUGACGCGUUUACGAUGUAAGCUACCACUUCUGUAUA